AUGACGGUACGUUUUAAAUAAUCGCAGUUCGCGAAUUCCGCGACCGCCGCGGUCCGGUAAUAACCGUCACAUAGGCAUUAUUUAACCGAUGCCGUGUACAAUAAUAUUGUUAUAAUAAUUCGCGGUAGGCCGGACAGAUACGUCCGAAAACCAUUAUUACAUCCGCGAUGUGCACACGCCUCGUUAAUUACCGGACGGUCGCCGUCGUCGGCCACGCGACGCUUUCAAAACUCAUUAACUCUCGCCGAUCUUGUCCCCGGAAUAAUUCGUAAAACGGCCGUGAGUCGCGGCAAAUCCACGACCGUGCGACACUUUACAUGCCCGAUCGAUAAUAAUAUCCACAUACGGUAACAGCUGCAGUUCGACGGCUGUAAACGUCAAUCGGUGUAAAAUUUCGAACAGCUUAUCGUAUUAAACAUUAUUAUAUCUCAUUUAAAACGAAAGCGGAAACCGACCGAUUGACCGAUAAAUGAUCGACUUAUGUUGGUUCAUUGUCCGGGUGGUGUACAAAAACCUUAGGCUUAAAAUUUAAUCUUGUUAAUUGCCGGGUCAAUGUCCUUCUUCCGGUCUCGUAGUCCAAUUCUGCGGACUGUAUAGUGGACCUGAGCUUCAAAUUAUCAAGUGACACCUCAAUCCGAGUGAACGCAUUUCAAUAAUAUGCCGUAAAUCUUUAAAAUUUUAGGUUUUACAAGGCGAUUUACAAGGCAAACUUUCUAGAUCACUUAACUCCUUGUACUGCGCUCUAGUCCGUUCCAUUUUACAAUACGGAUCGGUAGUCUGGGAGAUCCUUAUACGGCCGCCGGUUCAAACCAACUUGAACGCGUACAGCGUAAAUUUUUGUGCUUUGUUGGCUUCUCUUCAGGUAUCCCUCAUGAACCUUACGAUUACUCUCCUGUUGCUGAAGCAUUUUGGCUACAUACCCUCGCUGACCGUAGACGUGAGCUUAGCUCUUAGUUCUUCAAUGAUUUUCUACUCAACAAGAUCGAUUCUCCCACUGUACUGUCCUUGGUAA